AUGACGACUGUCGAAGUGGCCAGAGAUGGAGUGGCGUUGUUGUACUGCGCAAUCAUAUUGCUCGUGUUGAGUUGGAUCGUCUUCUCUAUGAGAGUCGGGGUACGGAUGUGGAGGAAAGCGUGGGGCAUGGAUGACUACUUCAUGCUCGUCGGAACUAUUCUCUUCUCAGUGACAGCUGCUCUUUGCAUCGUCUGUUGUCACUAUGGCUCUGGACAGUUCGCACGAGAGCUGCCCACGGUGACAAUAUCCAAAGGAACAAAGCUCUUUUACAUCGCAGAGUACUUCUACGCAGUCAGCGCCAUGUUCGUCAAGAUCAGUGUUGCAGUAGCGCUUCUGCGCAUCGCUGUUGGUCGUCGCUUCUUCACGUGGGCUUUAUGGGCGCUGAUUGGUGCUACCAUGGUUGCUGCUUUACUCAAUACCAACGUCAGUCUGUUCUACUCGGCCAUCGAGAUCACUGCGGACUUUAGUCUCUCGAUCACGCCGGCUAUUCUGCUUUGGAAUGUCCAGAUGAAGGGAGCUGUGAAAGCUUCAGUUGCUGUCAUGCUUGCGCUCGCUUCUUUUGCCUCAUGUGCUACCAUCGUCCGCCUCAAGUACCUCACACUCUACAGUGACCCUGGCGAGUUCAUGUACAGUACGGGCAAAAUCGGCUUCUGGUCCUUGACCGAAGUCGGCAUUGGCCUCAUCGCCGGUUCGCUACCUCCUCUUCGCCCUCUCCUAUCCCUGCGCAUUAGGGUAUCUGCCGGCUCCAAUACUCCUGCUGCAUCUGGCGGACAAGCAUACCAAUCUGGAAUAAACAAUCGGCAGCCCACCUCGCGCUCCCGCGUGAUAGCCAUGGACACCUUCCAGACCUUGGGCGACAACGACGAGGCCGAUAAUAGUGAUGGAGACUCUCAGAAGAAUAUCAUAAAGGAGACGAAGUUCACAGUAACUUCGGUCAUUGCUGGAGGUCCUCGAGACCCGGGGCCUAUGGCUUGGGAUCGUAAGGAGGGAAGCAACGUCUGA